AGAUUGGAACACGAAGCUCUUUUUGAUUGGCUUACUUGGAUCAUGUGAUAAUUUGGUUUUGAUAUUUCCCAUAAUGCAUCGAGGGCAGAAGAAAACACGGAAACAUGGCUGACGACGUUUUACCAAUUUUGAUGCCGAACAUCGAAGGAAACGGCGAGGAUUCCUCCAGUGACAGUGAGAGGGAGAGAGAGGGUGAUGAUACUGGAGAUGGCCACGAGGAUGAACAACAGCAGCAGGAGCAGCAACAACAAGAGGGAGAAGACAACGAGAGAAAAAAGAAAAAGAAAGAAAAGGACAAGAAGAAAAAGAAGGACAAGCGCAACAUGAACUUUGAUCAGUCCUUGCCUGCAAGCCAUACCUACCUGGGGAGUGACCAUGAGGAAUACAGUGGCAGAACAGUGCUGGAUGAUGAGAGUUUUGUUAACCUGCCCCUGCUGACCCUCCCCAGUGUGGUGCUGAUCCCAGGACAGACCCUUCCUCUCCAGCUCUUCCAGCCACAGACCAUCUCCAUGAUGAGACAUGUUAUACAGAAGGACAGGACAUUUGGGCUGGUCACUUCCAGAUACCUGGACACCUCAGGUGCAACUCUUGCCAACAUCGGAACCACAGCAGAGAUAUUCUCUGUGAAGGAAGAGGAUGAGCAUGGGAUUGAGACUAUGAGGAUUAAAGCCAUGGGAAGGCAGAGAUUCCUCAUCUUAGAAACCAGAAGACAGGCUGAUGGCAUCAUAAUUGGAAAGGUGAGGAUCCUGCCAGAAUGGGAGAUGCCAUCUGGCCUGGAGGGUGCAGAACUGAGAUGUCACAGACUCAGUAAUGUCCCUGAAACCACAUCAGCAAUGGAGGUGGCAGCAUGUGGGGGUCCAGCAGGGGACAGGCAGCCAGUGGCAAGGAGUAGAAAUCUAAAGAAUAGAUACAGAGCUGCAGAUUGGACUUGGUUUCCACCAUGGGUAUACAGACAAUAUGAUUGUGAUGUGUUAAUGGAACUGGUGAAACGUGAGCUGUACAGCUGGAACGAUACUCUACAGGGGAGUAUCAUGCCCACUAACCCUUCAGAUUUCUCCUUCUGGGUAGCAGCCAGCCUCCCAUUGGACGAUGGUCUGCGGCUGCACUUACUCAGCAUCAAUAGUGCUGUGCAGAGGCUGAGAUGUGAGCUCAGCAUUAUGCAGAAGUGCACCAUCAUGUGUUGCAGAGACUGUGGAAGUCAGAUAGCUGAGAAGAAAGACGUUUUCAGCAUGUCUGUAGCAGGCCCGAUGGCAGCAUAUGUUAACCCGGGAGGUUAUGUUCAUGAGACGCUGACUGUGUACCAAGUGACGGGCAUCAUGCACCAUGGCCGGCCAUCUAUCGAACAUAGCUGGUUUCCUGGCUAUGCGUGGACAGUAGCGGAGUGUCGGCAGUGCAGACAUCACCUAGGUUGGAAGUUUACUCCUGCUAAGAAGAAACUGAAGCCUGAGAAGUUCUGGGGUCUGUGUAGGGCGUCGCUGUUGCCGGGGUUACGUAGUGAUGGUGGAGACUCCGAGGAAACGGGGUGGAUGCCAACAAUGUAAAGGACUACAAACAAAGUGAAGAAAAGACAUCAGCACUAACACGCUUGUUGGUCAUCUUCAUGUAAGAUGGAGAUGCCAUGCAUCUUUUGAGCUCCUUAAAAGGCUAACAUUCAAUUGAAGAACUGAAAUUAGGAAGCAUAAAACUAAAAGUAACACAAACAAAAGCCCCUAUUUAAAUGGCUAUUUCACCAUGGCCAGAAGUGUUGCCUGUCAAAAAAAGUAGAAGGCAUAAUUUGCAAUGGAACAAUGCUCUUAAAACUCAGCCAUUAGCGUGACUGUAAGGCUCAGGUGCUUGUGUCAUCAGUACUAGAAUAUUGAAAGAUAUUUAAGAGUCAAAUCCUUGAGAUCAUUGAUGGAUAAUUGGUCAAAUCCAGCAGUCUGAACUGAAUAAAGAUAUCAAUGUAGCACAAGGUUGCAAACACAUCAGAUGUAUGUUGUGUAGAGUUGUACAGGUGCAUCUCUCACAUGUUGAGACAAUUAAGAUUGCAGUAUGCCAGCAACUACACAUUCGCUAGUACAUGUACUAGAAUGUCGAGCUUAGACAAGAGACGUGUUGUAAACAGCUUUGUAAAUGUUGUGUACAGAAAGACAUAUUUUGUGGUUAGAAAGUUUCAGUGUUACUGGAUACUGGAUACUUCAUACUUAGCAAGUGGGAUGACUAGUAAGGAAUUAGCAGCCAGCUUGCAAACUUGUAUCCAUGUAUAUAUUGUAAUAAAUUCACUGUUGCUUACCUAAAUAUAAUUUGUUACUUUGGAGGGCAUUUUGCACCUGAAGUACAUGUAUGAAUGUACAUUUUUAAAUAUGCUGUACCAGUAGUGCAAACAUGUUGUGUGACUUCAAACCAUUACAUGUAUGUUGUAGUACAAUGUAGGUAAGCUCACCCCCAACUGUGAAACUAAAAUAAAUGGCAAUCAGUUCAA